UUGCAGUGAAUUUAGAUGGGGAGUACGACGGUACAAAAAGGAUUACUAGCAAUAAGCAUUCUGUUAACUAUCAUUGGUCUUGGAUUUACUUUUGCUGGCGUAUUUUCACCAGCCUGGCAAAUAGUUGACAUCCGUGAAUUUCGAGCCGAACAUCAACACGGACUGUGGUGGGAUUGUACUCGAGCAGAGAAACAUGUUGUUGCAGUGGCUGAUUUCUAUGCUGAAGAACCAUUGCACUGCAUGUAUAAGUUCGAUCAUAGCGCUGCAAUGGUCAUCGAGAAUACUCUAAAUAAUGUUGAUGAAGAUGGAGCUGCUGGUGAAUCUGAGCAUCAUCGAUUUAGGGCAUGGCAUAAAGCAAUCCUUUUUUUCAUUCUCUUUUCACAGUUCCUUGCAUUCAUCUCAAUAUGUACCGGAGUUUGCAUACCUUGUUUUCGACCUACGGCAUUUGUUUUCACCACUUCACUUUUCUUAGCUUUGCUAUGCUCAUUGAUUGCUGAUGGCGUUUUCUUCCUGGCGGCAAACAGAGUGGACAAUCGUUUUGUGCAGGGAAUGGUUGGCAGCUAUGAACAGCGGAUCGGUUACGCUUUUUAUGUGCAUCUGAUCGGUACAUUAUGUUGGAUAGCCUCUUUUCUGUUCGCCAUGUUAACCACCUACAAAUUUUUCACGGAACGGUAUUCUUCUCGUUCUGGCGCACAUUUCCGUUGCGAUGCUGAUCCACCGCUUCUGGAAAAGUACAAUGUGGCACCAUGCAGGCCAUCACCACCAGUACCGUACGUUCGUGAACAUACAUAUCGGGUUACAAGUGCUUAACUGAUACAAUUUAUGGCCACAUAUUCAAUGAACAUGAUUAGGCUGCUCCGCAACAACAGCAAAUUCUUGUCUGCUGGAUUAGAUAAUGCUCUCCUUGGGACCAUUUUGAAAUUCAUUGGAUUUUUC